UGGCUGAAUAUUCCACCGUAUGGAUAGACCAAGUUUAUCUUUUCAUUUGCUGGUGGACAUUUGAGUUUCUGCUUUCUAGCUGCUGUGAAUCAUGUUGAACAUUGGCGCGUAGAUAUGCUAGUGGGAGCCACCUGCUGUCUGCAGCCUGAUCAACUGCUCUUCAGAAGGAGGCCCUCUGGAGACACAGCAGCCAGGCCUGCCGUGCCCUUGGCACCCUGGCUGCUUAGACAGUCUCACUGCUGGGCACUGGGGGCUGAGACCGCAGGACUCUGAGGGCACACCCUGCCCUGGCGUCUCUGUGGCUGGGGGCCCGCCCUCUGGCCACACCUCCCUGUUAGCAUUGAUGCACUGACCCUGGAAGACUGAUGAGAGAGGGGAGGAAAGGCCAGGCCAUGGCUGCUCCCAGACCCCACCCAGGAUCCUGAGGUCUGGAAGGGGAGGGGGCUUCUAGAACUCCCACGGGCUCCCAGGGGCCUCUGCCCAUUGCCUUGCCCUCCCUUCGCCCUCACUGAAGUGCCUGGACACGGCAACGUUGUUAUCUGGGUAAUUAGCUUCAGACCCUGGACUGAGGCUGGCCAGGUCCUGGGCUGCUUCCCACAGGCUGUGCACCCUGACCCCAAGAGGGAGGUGAGCUCCUGUCUGCUGAGCAGCCGAGGUGUCAGGGCUCUUGAGAGGCAGGCUGUGGGCACCCUCCCACACUGCCCUUUCUGCCUGGGGCCCGUGUCCCUCAGGACUGCCUGGGCCUGGUUGUGGCGUGGGGCCUUGUGACCCAGCCUUGCCUAGGGCAGAGGGCACCGCCAAGCCUUAGGGAGGGGAUGCCCCCACGGGUGCUGGUCCAGCCUGCUGUCCCACUCCUGAGGCCCAGUCUGGCCCCUGUGCUCCCUGGUCUGGUGCCCCGAGCCGCCCCCCCGGCAGGUAGCCCCCGCCAUGGCCGAGCACCUGGAUCUGCUGGCAGAGAUGCCCAUGGUGGGCAGGAUGAGUACGCAGGAGCGGCUGAAGCACGCGCAGAAGCGGCGUGCCCAGCAGGUGAAGAUGUGGGCCCAGGCUGAGAAGGAGGCCCAGGGCAAGCAGGGCCACCGGGAGCAGCUGUGGAAGGAGGCAGCCCGUGGCAGGCCACAGAAGCGGGUCCUUUUCCCUCCCAGUGUCACCCUUCUAGAGGCUGCUGCCCGAAAUGACCUGGAAGAAGUCCGCCAGCUCCUUGAGAGUGGGGUCAGCCCCAACCUGGCCAAUGAGGAUGGCCUGACGGCCCUGCACCAGAGCUGCAUUGAUGACUUCCGGGAGAUGGUGCAGCAGCUCCUAGAGGCUGGGGCCAAGGUCAAUGCCCGCGACAGUGAGAGCUGGACACCCCUGCAUGCUGCGGCCACCUGUGGCCACCUGCACCUGGUGGAGCUGCUCAUUGCCCGUGGUGCCGACCUCCUGGCCGUCAACACUGAUGGAAACAUGCCUUAUGACCUCUGUGAGGAUGAGCAGACGCUGGACUGCCUGGAGACAGCCAUGGCCAGCAGCGGCGUCACCCAGGACCGCAUUGAGGGGGCCCGGGCGUUGCCGGAGCUGUGCAUGCUGGACGACAUCCGCAGCCUGCUGCAGGCGGGAGCCGACAUCGAUGUCCCCCAGGACCACGGGGCCACGCUGCUACACAUCGCAGCUGCCAAUGGGUUUGGCGAGGCAGCUGCCCUGCUGCUGGAGCACCGGGCCAGCCUGAGCGCCAAGGACCAGGACGGCUGGGAGCCGCUGCACGCCGCAGCCUACUGGGGCCAGGUGCAUCUGGUGGAGCUGCUCGUGGCACACGGGGCCGACCUGAAUGGGAAGUCUCUGAUGGACGAGACGCCUCUCGACGUGUGCGGGGACGAAGAGGUGCGGACCAAGUUGCUGGAGCUGAAGCACAAGCAUGACGCGCUCCUGCGCGCCCAGGGCCGCCGGCGCUCUCUGCUGCGCCGCCGCACCUCGAGCGCGGGCAGUCGGGGGAAGGUGGUGAGGAGGGUGAGCCUGACCCAGCGCACCAGCCUGUACCGCAGGGAGCAUGCCCAGGAGGCCAUUGUGUGGCAGCAGCCACCGCCCACUAGCCCAGAGCCACCCGAGGAGGACGAGGAUGGCCGGACGGACGCGGAGCUGCGACCCACGCCCAACGAGCAGGAGGACGACCCCGAGUUGGCCAGGCCGCACAAUGGCCUAGUUGGAGGCACCCCAGGGCGGCACCUGUACUCCAAGCGGCUGGACCGGAGCGUCUCCUACCAGCUGAGCCCCCUGGAGAGCAGCACCCCCGAUGCCCUGGUCCGGGCCAAGGCCCACCACACGCUGGCGGAGCUGAAACGCCAACGAGCUGCUGCUAAGCUGCAGCGUCCCCUGCCUGAAGGACCUGAGGCCCCUGAGCCUGGCUUGCCUGCGGACGCCGAGAACCCCCAGCCAGAGUGCAGCUCCGGGGCUGGUGGAGAUCCGCCCCUACUGAAGCUCACAGCACCCUCAGAGGAGGCCCCCAUGGAGAAGAGGCCCUGCUGCCUGCUCAUGUGAGGGGCUGGCACCCAGAGUCACAGAGUCCUGUUGUCAGGCCCCACUGCAGGCUGCCACGGGGUCCCUGCUCUGGAGACCCCGGUGUGUGCCCUGGUGCUGCUGCUGGGGGAUAGCCCGUGCAGGGCCUCCCCCGUUCCCCCCAUCCGAGGGUGCCAGCUUCCUUGCUCAGGGAUGAACCUCUGGCGGAGGCCCUCCUGGGGGUUACCUGGCUGCAGAGACCUGGUUUCAUCGUAUGACUCUUGAUAAAGGGCUGUUCUGCCACCUGCCUUGUUGUGUGUGUCAGCAGGGCCACUGUCCUGAGAGUGGGGAAGCUGUUGUGUUGCUGCUUCUGGAUGUGCCUGUCCCUGUUCGGGGGCCUGUAGGUGCUUGCUUGUGGCUGCCUGGCCCUGCGUGGGAGUGAGGCCCCCUGCCGCUGGGCAAGAAGCCUGGCCUGUGCUGCAGCCUGCUUCCCUGCCUUCCCAGCCUCCUGGAGGCUCCUCUGUAACUCUUUCCUUUCCUGGGAGGAGCCGGGAGCUCUGGAAGGACAUUCCUUGGGGGUCAGGGCUGGGGGUAUCCAUGCCAGAGGGGCAGGGAUCCUGGCUUGGAAGGGGAGGGGGCUUUCCACAAGACUCUUGAGCCGCAGAGGGUAGAAUCUGUACAAGGCUGGAGUCAGGAACCUCCCUGGGGGAUGAGUCCCCUGUUCCUGGCAUGUAGCCCUGGUUCUGGGGCCUGGCUGCCAGCCUCCAACUGGGCUGGCAAAGGGGGCCAGCGGUUGGCCGCCCAGAUUCUGAGCCGGCUGGGCACAAUGUGUCAGGGUGACAGGGGCCCCUUAGGGGCCUCGAGUGGAAGGGCUGAGGGCACCGCUAGCUCAUUUGCCCAUGGUGGGCAGCUCUGCGUGGCACCGGUGCUGGUCACCUCCCCUGCCCGGCGGGCACUGACGCAGUCGGCCCCGUGUCUGCAGGGCCCAGCCUUUCCUGAGCAUCAUUGGCUGGAGGGGUGUUCUCAGCAGGGCUGGGGAGGGCCAGGGGAGGGGCUGCAGGUUAAAUUUAGCGUGUGGGGCAGUGCAGUUGCCAAGGUCCACCUGCUAACACACUUGGGCCUUGCUGCCAGGGCUGGGAGGGGGCUGGCUCUGCCUGGGGCUGGGACCAUAUAAACUCGUGCUCUGGCCUGGGCGUGGCAUAGGCCACCCUCAGGCCUGACCAGCUGCCCACAGCCUCUCUGAGGGCUGGCUCCUUGACCUUCCGCUCAGACUCAGAUGUCAGCAGCUGGGGUAGCCACCCCUGGGCAUGGCCUAUCAGCUCCCUUAGGGGCCUGGGGAGGUGGGGCUCCGAGGGCCUAUCACAGCUCCCUUCCCACUAUCUCUGCCAAUCAGGAGCAACGGGAGGGGAGCUUAGGUCACCCUGCCUGUGGUGUGGCCCCAAGGGCAGCUCCAGGCUGGCGCACGGUGAAAGGGCACAACGGCAGCCCAGAGCAGCCAAGGUGUCCGAGGGCCCAGAGCCGCCCUACCCUGUCACACCACAUCCCAACCCAGAGACUCCGGCCUCCACCAAUUGCUGGUCUGGGGCCAAGGUCCAACCGCAGGGCUCCUGCAGCCUGUGGGCCAUGGUUGCCAGCCCAGGAGGGGCUGGCCAGAUGGAACCCCGCAUCUGAGCUUUCGCUCCCCUCCCCCAGUAACGCCAGAAUUCUAUAGAGGCCUGACUCAGUUACCUGGGAGACAGGCCUGCCGGCCCAAGCAAAGAUGGGGGGCCUGAGAGGGCUAGG